AUGUUCCUUUUUCAAUCAGACAUUCCAUGCCACAGCCCAGAUGUGAGCCUGCCAAAUAUCUCACCAAAUGCAUCUUCAGAUGUUAGCAUUCACAGAUUAAGAAAGUUUACAAUACAAUCUGAAGUCAAACUUAAUUGUAAGUUAUCUGACAAAACAUUGUUCCACUGGAGUGUUUAUAAACUGGGUGAAGAAGAUACACCAUUACUUUCAAGAAACAGCUUCUCAGAAUUGCAGAUCACACCACACUUGUUGCCAGUUGGUGAAUUUCUGGUUCAACUUAAUGUCAGCAUGGUAGGACCAGCAAUGUUUGGGGUCGGUCAGGGUUAUUUCAAGGUGGUGAGUAGCUCUCUAGUGGCAUCCAUUGCUGGAGGAAGAAAGGUGGCCAGAGGACUGGAUGGAAUAUUGAUUUUUGAUGCGUCCCUUUCAUAUGAUCCUGAUCAGGAGAAUCAAACAUUUUCAGGUCAGUUAGAAAAAAUAUAACUAUACGUUUGGUGACAAAAUCUAACAUGAUCAGAAAAUAAGAUUCAAAGAGAGCAACCAGCAUAAUUAAUAUGGUUGUUGCUGAGAAAGAUGACAAUAUUAGACUGAUUGUUGGAGUCAAAUGAAUUCAAACUGAUUGUAACUGGCAUUUAUUAUCUAUUCCAUUCUAUAAUAUUUCAGGCCUUAAUUUUACGUGGUCAUGCAGACAAGACUCAUCUCUGGAUCUUAAUAACUCAGAUGAAGUAGGAUGUUUCUAUAGGGCUGAUGAUAAAGAAUCUGUUGGACAUCAACUUAGAGUAAACAACAGUCUUAUGACAGAAAACACCUCUUACUUUAUAACAGUUUUGGUAACAAAGGAUGACAGGCAAGCUGGGUACACUCAGGAAGUGUUUAUCGUUCCCGGCGAUCCACCGGAAGUGCAAAUCAGGUAUUUCAAACUUGAAAAACCAGUCGUUUGAGCUUCACCUGCCAUUAGGUCGUGUAUCAGGUUUCGUUUGUGAAAUAAAUUAAUCAGUUCGUUAUGGAAUUUUUUUCGUUUGUCAGAGAAAAGUCAGAGAUAUUUAUAUUCCUAUGACUGUGGCAACCAUGUCAAAUAUGACAUACAUUAGAGUUCUAUGUAGUACGUACUUUCCUACAUAAAAAUGUUUGUAUCUGAGUAUAACAAUAAAAAAUAGACAGCAAAAAUUGAUAUUCCUCAAUAAAAUGUUGCAUAAAUGAUAAAACAAAGCGAAACAAGCUCUGCAAGGUGAGUGCUGUAUACAUCUGUUUCAGAGAGAACUGUUGUGUUUAUUACUGUAAACUGAUACUCGCUUUUGCGAAAUAAACUUGGGACAAAGAAAAAAGUGGUCAGCUUAAAGAAUUGGCCAUUACUGUGGGCUCAACCGUAAUUCUUAUCGUUUUCCAAGUAAGGAAUUGAGUCUUGAUAAGAGAUGAAGUGAAUCUGUUUUAACUACAUUACCCAAAUGACCUACAGGUGUGAUGAAAACUGCGAUGCCAAACUGAACCCAUCUGGGAGAAUGGCUUUACAAGGCAUGUGUACAGGUGCCUCAUGUCAUGGUACCCUUAUCUUCAAGUGGGCAGUUUUAAAAGACUUGAGUAGCUCUUCAAACAGUUCUCAGUGGACUGAGGUUUUAGAAAUACAAGAGUUGAUAAUUACUCGAGUUUCAUCAAAAUCUCUCGUCACUAAGCCUGGAGUGCUGACACCCGAUACCAGGUAUAAGUUUAUAUUGACUGCACAACGACCAGGUGGAUACCGCGGGUAUUCCGAGUACCAUGUGACCUCAAACAGUCCCCCUGUUGGAGGAGUAUGCAAUGUGAGCCCAUUAUCAGGAAUCACUCUUGCAACAGAGUUUACUUUUGCUUGUGAUAAUUGGCAGGAUCCAGACCCUCAGUUGCAGUAUGAAUUUAUUUACCUCACAGACAACAAUCUUCUCAAUGUGGCAUACAAAGGGGUAAAAUCUAGUGUAACAACCAAACUUCCUGCUGGGGAGAAGAAAAAUAACUUUACCAUUGAUGUUCGCGUGAGAGUGACGAACAUGUUCGGAGUAUUCACUGAAGUGCAGACUCCCGUACAGGUAAGAAACAGAGACGUUUAAGAAAUAAUGUUGCAUAUUCAUCACUUUCUUUUCUGCGCCACCUGAUGAUUUUCUCAGUCAAUUACAAUAAGAUGAAGUUCUUAUAAACCAUUUGUAGACUGCUGUAUUUCAUUUUAUUCUAGGUUUUAGAACCCAGCAUUGAACAAGCGAACCUCUCUGGCAUUGUCAAAAAUCUCACAUCCGAGGUUGAGAGUGAACUGCGUUAUUUGAUUCAGUCGGGUGAUGUGUCACGUGCUCUACAAUUAACGGCAGCAGCCAUUUCGGUUGUUGAUGCCAUUGCACUUGCGGAAAAGACGGACAGCCAGGCCCUGGAUUGGACAGAGAAACGGAUUAUGGUAACGAUUUACUAUGUGGAACCACUUCAUGUGAAACCUCUCAAAAGAACCUCUUCCAGGAGGUUCGAUUAUGUAAAUUCUCAGUGAUUUACUUGUCAGUGGCUUGAUUAAGGCGCAUUGUUGCUUGUCUGGGCUAGAGCUCUGCUUACAGCGUAGAGCAUGGCCGGGUUUGCUGGUGCGACACUUCGUUGGCACGGUGCCUAUCUCCACCAACAUUUUGUUGUUUUAUUGUAUUUGUCAUGGCGACCUUGAAAAGCUGAUAAGUCAGAUUUAUGGGCUAGUGAAGUUAUCCCUCAGUGGUUUUGAUAUUAUUAUAAAGACUCUUGAGAACAACGUAUUGCGUUACAGAAAGUGAUAAUCGCCUUUUUUGCAUUUUUUUUCAUCCUACCGGCAUACCUUUACGGUUGAGAGGAUUCACAUAUUUGGAGAACAUUACGAUCUUCUUUUUGUUUGUUUGUUUUCAGCAGUUUUGAACGCCUAAGCUCACCUCGUGUCUUCUUUCAAUUGAUAUAGAUGAAAUCAAACAUCAUACAACUGUUGUCCACGAUCCCUGUAGAUACUAUCGUUAGAGUCCAGCAGGUGUCAAAUGUGAUUGCGUCUGCCAGCUCGGUCAUUAACGAGGUUACUGUCGAAGCGCAGGUAAUUUAUAACCAGGCAAUGCUUUAAUAUCAAAUGAGGAUCACUUCCUUAGCUAAAAUAAAAAAUAAACGAGUCAGUAUUCGGGUCCUUUAAUUUUUUUUUCUUGCAGAAAGAAGCAACGGAUGCGCUUGAAAAGAUGACUUCAGUAUUAAAGGAGGAGAGUACAGCAGGGGAAAGAUACGACUCGCUUUAUUAUGGCGCAAAAAGUCUUGUGAAUGGUCUUGGCAGCAUUCUGAGGGUAGUAUCACAUGAAGCUGGUGUAUACGAUUCGCAUUCGCAGGAGAAGUCUGACAUCAAAGCCAGCUUCAUAACUACAGAUGAACGACUUUCACGUCAGAGCCGAAAGUUAGCAUUCAGGUCAAGAACUUUGCCGUAUUUAUGGGUCAGAAGGAGCGAAAGAGACUCUUCUGACGCUCAGCUACAGGUAAAUAACCGUUUAGGAUUACGUGUUCAAAACCUACUUUGUAAAUGAAAAUAAACUACAAUAAAUAAGGGUUAUUAGACGUGAGAUCAAUUUCUUGCCACAUUUCCGGGUAUAAGAGACAUUUUGAGUUAAAGUUAUCUUAUCUCGAAAAGAAAAGCUCAAAUCCUGAUCGUUAGUGUGAUGGUGAAAUUAUGGCAAUUGGACUGACACCCCACGUUAGCAAAAAAAAAUUAAAUAGCUGUUAUAAGCCAUAAUUAAUGUUGACAGCGACAACUGUUUUUAUGUAUGUUUUGUUUCAGGCUCAAGUCCACGUUGAGAGUAUACUCCAGUCUUUGAAAGAGAUCGGAAGUAUUAUCUUGUCCCGAACUCUCGUUGGCGAGGGGCAGAAAGAGCUUACAGCCCAAGCCAUGUCCCUGUUAGUGCUGAGAGAGGAGCCGGAUAUGUUCGCUAGGACUGUUUUGACAAGCAAAGGAAAUAGUUUUCAGCUAACUUCAUUAGCCAUCCAGUUGGCUAAUGUUACUCAGUUUGUAGAUAGCCAGGUAGGUGCAGGAACUAUUGAUGGCGCAUCACCUAACUUCAUUGAGAAUAUUGCGCCGUUGUUAGUGUUGAAGAAUGCGCCGUGAAUACACCUGUGAGUACACGUGUGGACGUUCUGGCUGUUAAGGGGAUUGUCUACAUGGGCUUGUGCUUUAAUAAAAAGCUUCCACUUUGACACUUCUACAAGUUGCCAUUUUGAUGGGGGCGAAAGGACAAGACAAGACUUUAUAACACAAAGCCGGCGAAUUUGACUAAACGUAUUUUUUGAAACCAGCUGAUUAAUGUCAAAUCCCCUCGCCCUAUAUUGUUCGUUAAUUAAAGUAGUGUUGGCUUCAGUUUAUUUCUUAAUAGCAAAACUUGCCGUCACAAAGCGGGGAAACUGAUACCUUGCUCGGAACUAAGAGGAAAAAUUUGUUAACUUUUGUUUCACCUAUAGCUGAAUCGACCGUGGGAAGUUGAAUAAACAUCUGUUGCGCUUUUCAAGCCGUGAAUCUUUGGUGAAAUCAAAAGAAAGGUUGAGAAGGUCCCCAACAACUGCUUUGAGAGACGUUUGCAGUUACAAAUAUUCUUUUCUCUCUUUAUGUCUGCAGAUGGUAACAACAGACUUUACACCUUUUUCUUGGGACCCCUCAGGUUCAAGAGUGACGACUGCAGUUUCAAGCCUUGAACUUAAGAACAGUUCUGGUCAUUUCCUGAAUACUACAGAACUGACAGCCCCGAUUGCUAUAAGACUUCAGAACCUCCAAGAAUUCACAAACGCUUCUCAGUCUCAUUUCAUUGGAGCCAACAGAACUGUUUUCUAUAAGUUAAAUGUCAACCAAACUGGGAUGGCGUUGAUGCUAAAGAUUCGACCAGAAAGCAAUGAGACAAAAUUUUUGGUGACUGUUAAAUAUGGAAAGCGGUCUGAAAAUAACAGCGACUUGAAUUUAACAAUACCUGACCUUUCGUCUUGCAAUAAGGUUCCAGAUGGUUAUGUCAACUGUUCACGGGAUCCUUAUAUAGCCUUCAUGAACCAGGAUUUUAUAGAGAGAAAAGGUUUUGGUUAUUACUUCAUCAGUCUUACAGCCGUGUCAAGGAUUCCUAAGAUCUCUCGAGUGACACGUUGCGCAGAGCAAUCAUGUGUGCAGUUCAAAGCACCGCCCAUCAAGGGUGAAAGUUUCAGUGUACCUCAGUACCGGAAAGGUGAUGAAAAUUACACCAUACAAGUGAUGCCGGCUGCUUGUCUUUACUGGAACGUGGAAAUAUCGCAGUGGACGUCUGACGGAUGCAAGGUGAAAUAUGAGAAGUUAUGAUAACCUUUGCUGUAAACUGUAACCUUGCGACGUAAUAUUUAUUUAAUGAACUUCUUUAUCCGGCUGGUAUGUCUGCUGAUAAUGUCCGAAAAUAAGGAUUUGGCCAAGGAGCAAAGCUUCAAGGGCACUUGUGAAUUUGAGGAAAAUCUCUCAGCCAAGGACGUUAUCAGCCGACAUACCAGAAACCAAAACAGGGUUUGUUAUCAGCCGACAUGCCAGAAACCAAAACAGGGUUUAUUAUCAGCCGACAUACCAGAAACCAAACAGGGUUUAUUUAUUUGAAAACCCUCCUAUUAAUUUUCAGAUCGCGCGUUGACAGCAGAUUUUAUUGACCGGGGCAUUUGAGAUCAACUUUCUAAUGUCAUUAUCCCUGUACUCGACCAAACGAGUUCGCUUUCUUCCAUGUAAAGUAAUAACGAUGAAAGAGUGAAACUCUUACAUUGUAUUUACGUUGUAUUUACGUUGUUUUUCCGCUGGCUUUGUUUCUUUUCGACGGAAAUAGUCGGAGGAUAAGUAUCGAGGUAAACUUUUACGUGAUACGGACCGGUGAUUUUGCGCCACGUGGCGUUAAAUAGCCAAUAAUAAUAAUAAUAAUAAUAAUAACGAAUUUUUAUACAGGAUUGAAACCCAUCAGUGUGUAACACUGUUGUCCUUGGGGUCCUGUCAAAAAUAAUAAAUAAAUAAAUAAAAUAAAAUUUAACAAGAUAUAAUCAUUGAUCUUAAGGUCUAGAAAAGCAUACAAUAAAAUGAAAAAAUUAAAAAUUAAAUAAAAAUACUCUGAAAAAGAUACCUAUAACCACGUUUAGAUAGAAUUUAACUAAAAUAAUCUCGCAAUUUGUUCUUAAAUUUCAGUCUCGAAUCUAACGACCUUAGUUCAGCAGGCAGGUUGUUGAAAGUCUUUGCUCCUUGGUAAUAGAAGCUCUUUUUUACCAAAUUCUAAACGAACUUUGGGUAAUUUCACUGAUAUACCGUUAUUCCUAGUGGCCUUAGAAUGAACCAGCCUUUCGAAGUAGUUCUUAAAGGGUGUGCAAACAUUAUUCAGGAGACAGUCGAAAACAAACAGACAGCUUUUACGCUUGAUCAAAUUGUUCACGGAUGGGGAUUAAAAGAACUAUUGCCGAUAACUUUAAAGCCUCGUCGUUCGAUGUUCUUUAUCAUUUCCUUUCGGUAAUCCGGAAAGCUAAGACCAAGUGUUCCGCAAUAGGUAAAGAUAGGUGCGAUCAUAGUGUUAUAGAUCGAUUCUGCACACUUUUGGUCGAUCAAAGGACGAAUUGAUCGCAAGAGAUUGAUUCUGGUUGCAGCUUUUUAUAGAUUCGGUCAAAAUGUGAUGCGAGGUUUAGUGAUGAGUCAAGGUGAACACCUAAGUACUUAUAGGUAGAGGUAUUAUUGAUGAGUGACCCAUUAGCAGAAAGUUUAAGUUCCUUGUCUUGAAGGUUGAUUCUUUUAGCUGUUCCAAAUAACAUAGACUCCGUCUUGUCCUUUUUAGGUUAAUGAUCAGUUCGUUGUCUUUAAACCACUCGCACAGGUUAUUCAUAUCCUCGCUAAGGCUUCUCUGUAUAGUAUCAAUAUCUUUAGAAGAGGUAUAGAUGACUGAAUCGUCGGCAUAAGUGAUAAUCUUCGAGUGUUGAAGCGGUUUAUGUACAUCGUUGAAAAAGAUAAUGAAUAAGAUAGGACCCAGGAUACUUCCCUGAGGAACACCUGUGAGAAUGGGUUGAGGUUCUGAUAGCACGCCUUUAUAUUGGACAACUUGUGAUCUGCAGAAAAGGUAAUCAGUGAACCAUGCGAGUUCUGUUCCACGAACUCCGUAAGUUGAAAGCUUGCUCAGGAGGCCAGAGUGACUGAUGGUGUCAAACGCCUUGGAUAGAUCGAUGAAAACACAGCCUGUCAGGUUACCAUUCUCACCUUCUCUUCUGAUAACAUCGGUAAGAUGAGUAACGGCCAGUUCAGUAGAGCGCAUGCGACGGAAGCCGUACUGAAAAUGAGAAAGUAGACCAUUCUGUUCAAAAUGAGCCAUCAGCUGCUUAAAUACCACUUUCUCCAGGAUCUUUGACAUUGAGGGAAGUAUUGAAAUAGGCCUAUAAUUGUCGAUUUCGGCCAUUGAACCAGAUUUAAAAAGUGGUACAAUUUUAGCCGCUUUCCAGUCAGUAGGUACAGACCCUGUUGCGAGAGACAGGUUAAUUAUAUGCGUGAGAGGCUUGGCUAUUAUAUCAGCAGAGUCCUUUAACAUUCCAGAAGGAAAGUUGUCAAGGCCAGAGGACUUAUUUCUCUUAAGGCUCUUUAAUGCAUUAAAGACAACCUUUUCGAGACUGAUCUAAACUCAAAGUUCUCUAGCGGCUGCUGGGUGUCUAUUGUAAGGGGCCUUUUCCAGACAAAAUUGCAAAGAGGGAAGAUCUUUCUUUUUAGAGAUCGCGCAACAUCAGUGAAGAAUUUGCAGAACAAAUUUGCAAUAACCUCUUUGUCGGUUUCUACUGCUUCAUUAACGAGAAAAGCUGCUCCUGGUUCCUUUGUAGACUUUGUAGGGUAUAGUUUUUAAUAGCUGACCAAAAUUUGUUAGGUGAACCCACAGUCUCCUCUAAGAGUUCACGGUGAUACCUGCUUUUGCAAUUUUUACCAUACCGUUAACUUUGUUUCGUUGGCGCUUGUACGAAGACCAGUCAAUUUCACGAUUUGUCUUUCUCGCUUUUCUCAAAAGCUGAUCUUUGGUAUUCAUUUCUUGCUUUACCUUCUGUGUAAGCCAUGGGCUGAGUUUCCCUUUGAUCCUCUUCUUUAUAGCUGGCGCAUACUUAUCAAUACAUUCUUUCAGAAUGGCUUUCAAAAAAGACCAUGCUUCAUUAACGCAGGAGGAUUUAAAGACAGGUGUGAAACUAUUGGACCGUAAAUCAUUGCAAAAGGAUAUAGGAUCAUAAUUAGCAUAGUUUCGACAGGUGAUGGUUCUUGGCUGGAAUUUAUGGUUAUGCAGCUUCCGGACACAACCAAUCAUAUCAUGGUCACUUAAGCCGGCGGGAAUGACUUUAACACUAUAAACAUUCUGAGGGCGAUUUGUGUAAAUCACAUCUAUCAGUGUUUUUGAAUCUUGCGUUACCCUCGUGGGAUCCUUGAUUAGCUGUUUAAGGCCAAAAGACAAUAGCAUUGCCUUCAGUUCUUUGUUGUCUGAGCUUACCAAAUAGUUGCAGUUGAUAUCGCCUGUCAAAAUGCAUUCUUUGUUUUCAGAUGAUACAGCAGAAAGCAUCGACUCCAGUUUAUUUUCAAAAUCUGCACAAAGAUGCUUUGAAGAACUCGGGGGGCGAUAAAUAAAACCAAUAAGGAUACCCUUAGAUUUUGGAAAUAAAAUUUCUAUCCAGAUACAUUCGAUCCCAUCGCGUUCCAGGUCUAGUCUUCUAUGAAAGGGGACAGAAGAGGAGAUAUAAACUCCCACACCUCCACCUUUGCCUGUUUUCCUUGGUCUAUUAAUGAACGUAUAGCCAUCCAGUUGAACUUGAGCCUCUUCACUGUCCGAUAGAUGAGUCUCACUGAGGGAUAUGAUGUCUAUAUGCUUGGAAUCAUCGAUCAUUUGGCAUAGACUAUCCCUGUUCGCCACGAGGCCUCUGAUAUUUUGAUGAAUAAUUGUAAGCCCAUUUUUCGUUGACAAAUCCCGAAGAUCAGACAGGAUGUCAUGUGAACUAGAGGAGCCAACAGGACCAGGUUGAAGUUCAACAUCAUUUGCGAGACGAAUGAGUAGUAAGGAAAGAGAGGAAUUAAUCGCAAAACGGCAUCCAAGGAGUAGAAGUCUUGAAUUCGGCAACUGGAGAUUCUUUGCAUGUUGCGAGCUCGGUGACCGAUGGUUAAAAGGUUGAAUUCUCACUGUCGUCAGACCGUGAGAAAUGAAGAGAAGAGUAUCACCAGAUAUAUCGAGGUCAGGAUUAGCCUUGGGAAGGAGUGCACCAGAGAAACAAACGUAGAAAUAAAGCAGAAUGAUCCAGCAUCUAAGAGCUCUAAAAACGUGACCGUCCGCCAUAUUGAUUACUGACAUGCGCUAAAAUUUAUUGGUGGGUGUGUAAUGAUGAUUAAACAAGUUUUCGAGUCACUAUUUUAGUUAUUACCUUAGCUUUUAAUUUCACUCUCAAAUUUCCCAUAGAGCUUGCAACAUAUUAUCAUACGGUGGCCAUAAGACUAGUAACUCCUAGAGCGUUACCUUCUCUAUCAAUGGCUCCUUAAUUUCAUGUUAUUUAGCUUGCUUCCCUUUAUUUUCCUCCCACCAACAUGUUCACCUUUACUUGGAAUCAACACCAAAAUCUAACUGUUGAUGAAAACUGUUUCAUUGCAGGUAAGCGAAGUGACAACUCAAGAUCACAUACAUUGCUCUUGUAAUCACCUGAGUGCUUUUGGUGGUCAGUUACUUGUGGCGCCCACUCCCAUCGAUUUUGAUAAGGUUUUCACAGAGCUGGUUCGCUUACCGGAUAGUGGAAACUUCGCUGUUAUAAUAGCAGUUGGCUGUGUGUUUGGUCUCUAUCUGGGAAUGCUGCUAUGGGCUAGACGAAAUGACAAACUUGAUCUCGCGAAGGUAAAAAUGUAAUUUCUAAUUAUUACCAAUAUGUGCGUCCAAAAAGACAACUGGCCUCUGUCUAACUCGCGCUCAGUGAGCCUUGAAUGACUGAUUGCAAGCUCCUAAUACCCUCAUCAGUCGCACAGCUGACUGGUUCUUUCAUUGCUACCCGACGAAUUUUGCUUAACGAGAGUAAGCUUAGCCAGAUCUUCUCUGAUCGUUAGACGAAGUAAUGACAGAAAUUGGCUAUCAAAACUCAAAUUCGAAGGAAAAUGUUCAAGCUGAAAAUGCUAACUGAGCCAUUUCUUGGGGGAUCAAAAGAAAUGGUGCGAGAAAUGAAAGCAGAAAGGUGACUUCGGUUGUGUGACGCGGAAAUGCUAUAUGGAAUGCUGUUGAAAUCAUUGGUAGUUAAUUUCAGCUUCGGUAGAGCGAGUAUAAACACUUUACACAGAGCCUAUUUGUCACUUAAAAUAAAUUUUUGAAAUCAAGUGGAAGCUAUAUGUAGUAAAGGUGAACCCUAAACCCACGUAUAAGGUUUGUUGAUAGUGGUCGGACAUAUAGCUUAUUAGCACUCUUAAAUGACGGUCGCAGAUAAAAAUGAUGCCCUUUAAAAAGUCAUUUUAUUCCAUUAUAGUUACAGGUUGUGUCCAUUUUGAACAUACUUACACCAGUUCUCCUUUCUCCCCUUGAAGGUGGGUGAGAGGGCAUUCAUAGGAGUACCCGUACCUUGGUAUCACUUUGUCGAGGUUCAAGUAUUUACGGGCAUCUGGCGAAACUCGGGAACCACUGCCAACGUUUUUGUUGUACUGGAGGGAGAGUUAGGUACCAGUCGACCGUACCAUUUGAAGCACCAUUCGUGCAUUCCUUUUGCAAGAGGGAGUAUUAUUUCCUUCGUUAUUUCCAUUCCUGUUAACAUUGGCACCAUAAAAACCGUUCGAGUAUGGCAUGACAACGAGGGCACCAGUCCAUCAUGGUUUUUGAAUCAGAUCAAGGUUAGCGAUCUCUUCAGUAAGAUACAAAGGAACUUUGUAUGUUUUACGUGGCUGGCAGUUAAUAAAGGUGAUGGAUUAAUAGAUCGUACCUUUCGUUUCACAACAGCGGAUGACAGAGGAAUUGAUUUUUCCUCGUAUGUUCGGAACAGAAUUGCUGAAGAAGUCAGUGAUUUACAUUUAUGGUUUUCUGUCGCUGCAAGACCACCAAGAUAUCGAUUUAGUCGCGUGCAACGUUUAUCUUGUUGUCUAGUAUUAAUGCUGACAAUUAUGCUAACUAGUGCGAUGUUUUACGAACAUAGAACAGCGAUGGACGACACACAGGGAACGCUAAGGUUGGGCCGUUUUGUUGUAAACUUCAGAGAAUUCAUCAUUGGAGUGGAGAGCCUCAUGGUUGUAUUUCCUGCCUACAUUUUGACCGUGCAACUUUUUGCUCGUACUCGAUCCUUGAAUGAGAAUAAGCAAAUGGCUCUCAAAACCAACGCAAGGACGAAAUUUAGCGAGAUAAAACGCGAGUUUUCUUUUCCACGCUGGUUUAUUUACGUUCCUUGGCUCUUGUGUUUCCUCCUCUCGACUUGUGCGGCGGCUUUUGUUAUCUUCUACAGUCUACAAUGGGGUGCAAAUACAAGUGAGCAGUGGCUUAUUUCGGUUGCAAUGUCAAUUUUGGUGGACUUAUUUGUAACGGAACCAGCGAAAAUCAUCGUCGUUGCUUUUAUACUGCCUCAUCUUUUCAAAAGUACAUGUGAUAGGUCCACCUGGAUUUCUAGCCCUGUAGACACAGAGGUUAAUCUCGAAGAUAUUACAGUUGGUGGACUAGACUAUGAUGAGGUCGAAAAAGAAGAACUUAAAACACCAAAGCCCUUAACGAAGAGAAAAUUACGUCGCGUAAGGGCUGCUCGAAUGAGGGAAAUGUAUAUGUAUACAGCUCUUCGGAAUAUAGUAUCGUACUUACUGUACUUGUUAAUUUUACUUAUUGUUUGUUACGGUGGACGUAGCAAGCAUGGAUACAUGAUGACAUCUUCCAUGAAGAACACAUUUGGAGAACUUAAUACGGUACGUAAAUUACUUCUCAUUAUAGGCUAAUCUUCUCGUUUCAGACCAGUUUACUUUAGUAAGAAUGGAUACUAUUAACUUAUAAUGUUAACAGAAAUUUGCAAAGGCUUGUUUGUCGAAGGUGUCGGUGACUUUACGGGCCUGAGGUCAUAAUUUCAAUCUAAAUCUAGGAGCCAGAGUUGCGAGUCUUGACUUGAACAACCAAAACAUUUAGUUUCAUUUCCUGACUGACUGAUUCUCGAACCUAUCCGUACCUCGAUCUUGAAUGUGAACGAGACCAACAAAAAUCAACUUUUUGGGGACAAGUAAUUACCAAGACUUUCGAGAAACGGUUCCGUGAAGUUUAUUUAAGGAAACUAUCGAAGUAGUUAGAAAAAAAAAGCUAUCAAAGCUACUUUUAAAUAGACAAGUUUCUGUCAACGUAUUUUCGUAGUUGCUAGGAACUGGUUUCCUAUGGCAAAGGUAUAGCUGCAUGGAUGUGUGUCAGCUCGGCUUCAAAUCGCCAAUUAGACCGGCGCGCUAAGUACAUGGGCACAUGAUAGAAUCCCUGAUAAAGGUUAAAAUUCAAUCUAGUAUUUCCAUUCCCCGGCAAAAGAGCGAAGAAAGUUUUAAAUUUUAAGGAGAAAUCUCGAAAGUACUUUUUGUUGUAUCAAACAAAGCAAGGGAAAUUGCUUUUGUUUGACGUCAGCUAUGCCUUGAUAAUCUGAUAGAUCACAAGCAACAACCAUUUACGGUUGCCGAAUAUUCAGUCAACUGUAUGAAUAUUUCUUUGAAUAAAAGGGGUAAGUUUCUAAAGAAACUGUGAUGCUGCGUCGGUGAGAGAGUAUAAAAGGUUAAUUAAGUAUUAUCGACUUAAUUCCAAGAAUAUUUAUUUGUUUAGUUACUAAUUUAUUUAUUCAUCACGCCGAACAUUUAGAUCUCAAAUCACUUCAACACGUGGAACUGGUUACGUGACGUUUUGGUACCCGGGCUUUUUGAAGACGGAAAAGAUGUUACCUCAAAUAGUUCCAGGCUCUACAUUGGAGACGGCGACGCUGUCCUCGUUGGGAUGCCUCGUCUUAGGCAGCUACGAGUCAAAGAAGGUAUUUUGAAGGAAGUGUUUAAACGAAGACCAAACAAAAUUGCUCCCUGAAUUUAUCUCGUCGACAAACUGGUUUCAGUUCAGUUUAUAUAAGCUUUAUAGCAGUUUAUAUAAGCGUUCUUACUUCAAAUUUUGAGUGGAGUAAAAAAAACUCGUAGAAACUAUAUUCGACUUGACGAGAAGCAGAUCACUUUGAAUAACUGUCAACGUGAAUUGCUGGGUGUGCCAAUGAUUAUGAGCUUGAUUUGAAUAAUAUAUAAAAGAAUUAGGAUAUUUAAAAUUUCGGGUAACCUGCACAGAAAAAUUGUGCUUCAUGAAGAUUAUGCAAAAUCAUUUCAUUUCAUUAGGCAGCUUCCAUUGAGGAGAGAAAAUGAAAACCUUAAUCAUUAGUCAUCAAUUUAUGAAUUAAUUAGCAUCUCAUGCACACGAUAUCUCUAUCACAAAGAUGAAACAAUAAACACUAUGGUCUUUUUCCACUUUAAGGUUCUUGUGAUGUCAGCAUAGAGGAAUUGACAACCCCACUCAACUCUUGCGUGGCUACAUAUACAUUUACUAACGAGGACAAAACCAGCUCCCUUGGAAAAAAAUGGCGUUUGUCUUCCUCAUUUAGGAAUGAGUCACUCGUUAGUCUUCCUCAGGUCUGUCCAAGUGCUUGGAAUUAUUCUUCAGCCCAGCAAACACUAAAUCUUCCCUUAUGGGGAAAACUUCAUCUGUUUAAUUUUUAUGGUGAAGGAGGUUACCUGGCCGAGUUGGGCUAUGACAAAACUACAGCACUGAACGUCAUCUCUGAACUAAACCUGUUUGACUGGAUUGACAGAUUUACCAGUGCAUUAAUUUUUGAGUGCGCAGUUUUUAACUCUCAGGUAAAUUUGUUCAGUGUGAUUUGGAUCCUGAUUGAGUUUUCGCCAAGUGGUCUCGUGGUUUCUAAUCACGUGAUUCAUACUAUGCACAUAUAUGACAUUGGUGGGGGCUACAGUACUGUAACCAUAACCUGUCAAUUGUUACUAGUGGUUUAUAUCAUAUACUUUGUUAUCAAGGAAACGAGGAAGAUGAUCGAGGGAAUUCGACUGUAUUUCUCACGUUUUAUCAAUUGGGUGGAAAUCCUGCAGACUAUAUCAGUCAUUUUCUUUCUAACUGCUCACAUUAUGAAAGAAACAAAGCUCUUCGCUACCACAGCUGAACUUGAGAAAAACACAUUUCAAUUUAUCAGCUUCGAUUGGGGAGUUCUUCUACAAGACUUAGAAACGGUAUUUUUAUCGUUACUGAUGUUCUUGAACACUUUGAAGUUGCUGUAUUUGCUCAAAUUCAAUCCCCGUGUGAGGCAUUUAUUCCAUGUAAUGAAGGGAUCUGCUCGGGAACUCGUUCACUGCUCAAUUGUAUUCGCUGUGUUCAUAUUUGGAUGUAUCCAUGUAGGAUAUAUUCUAUUUGGGAGAGAACUUUACUCCUUUUCUUCGCCUUUCCUCAUUCUACAGUCUCUUCUAGUCGAAGGAGUCGUUGGUGGCGGAGUGGACUAUUUUAACGAUUGUUGCUCAGUCAUUGGCCCCGUUUACUUUACAGCGUUAAAAUUAGGACUUAAUCUCAUAUGCAUAAAUAUUUUCGUUUCUGUUCUUGUUUAUAAUUAUGGCCGCAUCAGGGAACUCUCCAGAGGAGAAUUUGGUCUUGGACACUUCGUGAUAAUGAAAACGAGAGAACUACUAAGCUGCGUGGGCGACCGCUUAAGGGCGAAUGAAGACAAAUCUGCGUAUGAUUUACCGAACACGGAGAUUGAGGAAGAUAUUCUACCUGAGGCAGCUGAGAUAUUGGCAAGGUUGGAUCGGAUUAAUCAUCUUUUAAAUGUUCACUAUGCCGAAGAAUUUUGUGAAGACCUUGAACUGUUUUCUUUGUGGUUUGAUCUCCACAUGCAAGCUAGGAAAUCCAAGGAUUUACAAGAAAACUGGUUCGAUUCACCAGAAAGUUUUGAGUCUGCUGAGGAGGAAGAUUAG